ACUCGAAGGAGAUCCAAGCGUUCUUCUUGUCUACAGCGAUGUCGGUCGUGGAUAUGGAGAAUGAACGAUUAGAGGCUCCACUGCUGCGAGAUGGUGGCGAAGCGACCGAGGAACCGCGAGACGCCUUCAACGACGCCGUACCAACGAGUAUCCGUUGGAAGCUCUAUGUGUCACACUUCCUAUCGACCUGGCAAAGCCGGCUAUUCGAGUUCCAAGCCGUCAUCACCAUCGCUGUGAUCUUUCCCGGUAAUCUGCUACAACCUUCGAUCUACGCGUUGAUCAGAGGAUUAGCGGCGGUGCUGCUUGCGCCGGCAGCUGGGAAGUAUAUUGAUCGGACGGAUCGGCUGAAGGUGGUGAGGUUAUCAAUCGGGCUCCAACGGAUCCCAGUUGCUUUAUCAUGUCUAUGUUUUUGGAUACUCUUGACAUGGCCUACGCGUUCUGGGCCAGUGACUGGCGUGCUCAUGUCGGCAUUGGCUGUAUUGGCAUGCGUUGAGAAAGUUUCAUCGAUCAUGAAUACGAUUGCAGUGGAGAGAGACUGGGUUGUUGUGAUCGCUGGACAACAUGAGCCGAGUCUUCAAGCGCUGAAUUCUCAGACGCGGCGCAUGGACCUCAUCGCCAAGCUCCUCGCUCCUCUUGCGAUCAGCUUCAUCGAUGCAUCGUCCACCAGGUUGGCGGUACUGGUGACGUUGGGCAUGAACAUCGUCUCUCUAUUUAUUGAGUACUUUGCCAUUGCAAUGGUAUACAAUGCGGUGCCGGAGCUCCAGCGGCAGGAUGCUGCCCCCGUCGAAGAAGACAAGUCAGCGUCAACGUUGUCAUAUGUGGCGUACGUCAAGGAGCUUGGAGAUCAACUGAUAUCCUACACACGCCACCCCAUGUUCCUCCCCUCCUUCUCACUCGCCCUCCUUCACUUCACCGUCCUCUCCUUCGCCGGCCACAUGGUUGCCUACCUCCGCGCCUCCUCCUUCUCAACCCUACUCAUCGCCGCCCUUCGCACCGUCUCCGUCACCGUUGAGAUAUCGGCCACAUGGUUCGCGCCUUUCGCCAUGCGCAAAGUCGGACCGAUAAGGGCUGGGUUGUGGAGUAUUACGUGGCAGAGUAUAGCGUUGGUGGGGGCUGUGGGGUUGUUUCAUGGGAUGGGGAACUCGGGGAAGGGGAAGGAGUGGUGGGGGGCGUUUGGGUUGAUUGUGGGGGUUAUUGUUAGUAGGCUUGGGUUGUGGGGGUUUGAUUUGUGUGCGCAGACGUUGAUCCAGGAGGAAGUUGAGGGCGAUGCCAGAGGCUCCUUCUCCUCCAGCGAAGCUGCCUUCCAGAAUUUCUUCGAGCUCCUCUCCUACGUCAUGACCAUCGUCUUCUCUCGCCCUGAGCAGUUUGGGUAUCCGGCGACGGCCAGUGCAGUGGUGGUUUUGGUUGCCGCAGCGUUAUUUGCGCUGUUUGUGAGACGGAAAAGAGGUCAUUUGCUUCAUGUGCUGAAAUGUGUGGAGAAGAGACAGCAUGGAAGGGAUCGAGGGAGGCAGCAAGAAACUGUGCGGUCUCGGUGGCUUCUGCUGGAUCAGAUGGCAUGAAGGGGCUAACUAUGGAAGAGGAUGCCCUAUAGACCUCGUGUUCCUAAUUUUUAUACGACUGCAAAGGUCCUCCCACCAUUUGCUCUCACGGAACUGCACGGUCACAGUGUUGGGUGAAAGGACUGGCUUGCCAACACC